GCUCACAGCUUUUGUGGUGAAGAUUUUGUCCCUGGCUCGGAUCUACCAGGACGUGGAAAAUGCGGGGAUCCGGGGAUCGGUGCAGUGGAUUCUGGAACAGCAACAGAGCGAUGGUUCUUUCACCGACUCUCGCCCUGUCUACCACCGAGAGAUGCAGGGCUGUUUGGGUGGCCUCCGUGGCGGAGUCUCGUUGACAGCCUUUGUCACCAUCGCCCUGAAGCAAGCUUUGCCUUUGUAUGAAGUCAAAGAGGAGGACGAUGAGGCAGAAAGGCAGAAACAGGAGCAGCUGAGCCGACUGAAAAAUAGCUUGGAACGUGCAACGGCGUAUCUUGCCACAUCCCUGAGCGGUCAGUCCCUGGGGCCCUACCCCAUGGCCAUCAGCAGCUACGGCCUCGCAUUAGCUUCUCAGGACAAAUCCGCCAUUGCUCUCGCUGGCAGCCGCCUGAUGCAACUUUCCUUGGAAGACACAAACAGCACUAUGAUAUUCUGGUUAGCCGGUGAGGACCAGCGUACAAAGGUGCCUUCAGCUAUCUCAGUGGAGGCCACAAGCUAUGCCCUUCUCUACUUAUUGAAGCAAAAUAAUGCUGCAGUAGCUGCCAAGGUGUCUCGGUGGCUGACCGAGCAGAGGAACUACGGAGGAGGAUUCAGAUCAACACAGGACACAGUGGUGGCUUUGGAAGCCCUUUCCUCCUACUGGAUCAGCACUUUCAAAGAGGAAGGGAAUGAGCUCACCGUCUCUCUUACGGUCCCGGGAAGACACUUGCCUACUCAGAUUUCCUUUGGAAGAUCCAACGACCCGAUCCAGGAAGAGCUUCAGUUUUCUUUGGGAAAAGACAUUGACGUAAAAGUGGAAGGGAAAGGGAAAGGAACUCUGACUCUGAAGUGGAAGAUUACUAUUAUGAAUAUGAAGACGAUCUUCCGCCCACGUCACCACCUGCUAGCAAGCCGUUGUCACGGAUUGAGUUAUUUGAUGCCCGUCAGCGCCGAAAGAGGGAGACCAAAGACACCGAACAGUCAAGACACGACGUCACCUACGAAGUCUGCUUCUGUUGCAAGAGGUCCCUGACCAAUACAUCAACCACUGGGAGACUCAAGGACAACGGCUGCUCCUGUAUUUUGACCAGGCACCACAAACCGGCCGUGAGUGUAUCGCUUUCAGGGCUAAACAGGUAGUAUCUGUAGGAAAACUACAACCAGCCAGCGCCACCGUCUAUGACUUCUACGAACCCCAUCAACGUUGCAGCAUCUUCUACGGUGCUCCCAAUAAGCCACAAUAUGUGUCCGCAUUGUGCUCAGAGGAUGUCUGUCAGUGUGCUGAAGGUGCCUGCCCACGUUUGAAGCGAACGCUGGAGGAUGCCAUCACAGAAGAGAACCGGAUGAACUUUGCCUGUUACAGUCCCCGUGUGCAUUACGCGUUCCUGGUUCGAGUGGAGCGCGAGAGCCGAGAAAGCGCCUUCCGGGUCUAUGACGUUAAAAUCAAGGCGCCCCUGCAAUUCACUACGGACUCCAGAAUUGAAAUUGGCCAGAUCCGUCGCUUUGUAGUUCGGGAAGCUUGCAAGACCCGCUUGGCUGCAGGCAAAGAAUACUUGUUGAUGGGACGUGACGGGGAAACUCGUGAUUCAGAUAACCGCCCCCAGUACCUGCUGGAUAAGAAUUCCUGGAUAGAAGAGCUACCGGAUCUUCGGCGUUGUAAAGCCACCCAGUAUCGCAACACUUGCAGUCACCUUGAGUCUUUCACCACCUCCUUUGUCAUAAAUGGCUGCCGCAUCUGAGCCAAAUAACCCCCUUGGGCCUUUGACUAACCUGAUGCACCAGGAACUGCAGCUUUUUUAUGGAAUACCCCCUGGCUGAAAACCUCCUCUUGAACACUGUGUUGUGAUGUCACUUAACACUUUGUGAUUAGAGGAUCUGAAGA